AUGGUUUCAAAGGAAGCCUCCCCGGCUGCCACAGCCAAACCAACAGACUCCCGUCGUCCCACAACUGAACCCAAGAAAGUUCACAUCACAGAUACCCAGAUGACCCUUGCAAACUGGCACAAGCAUGUCAACUGGCUCAACGUCAUCCUAAUCCUCGCCAUCCCCUUAUACGGCUGCAUCCAGGCCUACUGGGUUCCUCUGCAGAUGAAAACCGCCAUCUGGGCGGCAGUCUAUUACUUCAUGACUGGAAUCGGUAUCACAGCUGGUUAUCAUCGCCUUUGGGCCCAUACCUCGUAUUCCGCCACCCUUCCCCUCAGAAUCUACCUGGCCGCCGUUGGAGGUGGCGCCGUCGAAGGUUCCAUCAGAUGGUGGGCUCGAGACCACCGUGCCCACCACCGCUACACAGACACAGAAAAGGACCCUUACUCCGUCCGCAAGGGCCUCCUCUACUCCCACAUCGGCUGGAUGAUCAUGAAGCAAAACCCCAAACGCAUCGGCCGAACAGACAUCACGGAUCUAAACGAAGACCCCGUCGUCGUCUGGCAGCACCGCAACUACCUUAAAGUCGUCAUCUUCAUGGGCCUAGUCUUCCCAAUGCUCGUCAGCGGUAUAGGGUGGGGUGACUGGUUUGGCGGUUUCAUCUACGCCGGUAUCCUGCGCGUCUUCUUUGUCCAGCAGGCUACCUUCUGCGUCAACUCCCUCGCCCACUACCUGGGUGAGCAGCCCUUUGACGACCGCAACAGCCCCCGCGACCACUUCGUCACCGCCCUCGUCACUCUGGGUGAAGGGUACCAUAACUUCCACCACGAGUUCCCAUCAGACUACCGCAACGCCAUCGAAUGGCACCAGUACGACCCGACCAAAUGGACAAUCUGGAUAUGGAAACAGCUCGGCCUCGCCUACGACCUCAAGCAGUUCCGCGCCAACGAGAUCGAGAAGGGCCGCAUCCAACAGCUACAGAAGAAAAUCGACCAGCGCCGCGCCAAACUGGACUGGGGCAUCCCCCUCGACCAACUCCCCAUCAUCGAAUGGGACGACUACGUCGAGCAGAGCAAGAAUGGCCGUGGCCUCAUCGCCAUCGCCGGUGUGGUCCAUGACGUCACUGACUUCAUCAAGGAUCACCCUGGCGGGAAAGCUAUGAUCAGUUCCGGCAUUGGCAAGGACGCCACGGCGAUGUUUAAUGGGGGCGUAUACAACCAUUCGAACGCGGCGCACAAUUUGCUCUCGACGAUGAGGGUGGGGGUUAUUCGGGGCGGGUGUGAGGUGGAGAUCUGGAAGAGGGCACAGAGGGAGAAUAAGGAGGUUGAGUCGGUGCGGGAUGAGCUUGGGAAUCGGAUUGUCAGGGCUGGGGCGCAGGUGACGAAGAUUCCAGAGCCUAUUCCUACCGCUGGUGCUGCGUAG